GUUCCGCCAGGAACAAGGAAAUUGCAAAAAAGCAGCUGCUGCAGUGAUAAAACCCAACCACUGCAAGUGAAUGAAACCACGGGACGAAGGGUCCUCUUUAUCCGGGCUUCUGCGUUACAGAGGACAACAAGAUGGCCUGCUGACCCGCCUCAAUGCUCCUAUCUGUGCGGUUUGCUACUUUGCGGGUGUGGCGUGGUUUAUGGGGCUGGCAUUUGAGCCGUUCACUUUACGGACCUACAUGUCAGAGAAUGCCAUGGGAUCCACCAUGGUGGAGGAGCGCUUCCCUUCAGGGGAGAGAGCUCUUGCCACAGGCAGAGAGUUUGCAGCUCAUAAAAAGAGAGUCGGUGGGAUGCCAGUGGACUGGCUGGUAAAAACUAUGCAGGCUCGGGGGCUGGAGGUGUUUACCCAGAGCUUCUCUCGCACACUACCCUUCCCUGAUGAAAACAAAGAGAGAUUUAUGGUAAAAGGCACAAAUGUGUACGGCAUCCUUCGGGCCCCCAGAGCUCCAAGGACAGAAGCUCUGGUACUCAGUGCUCCCUGCAGCCCGGGUGAUAACAACAACCAAGCUGUGGGACUGCUGCUCGGUUUGGCUCAUUACUUCCGGAAUCAGAUAUUCUGGGCAAAGGACAUCAUAUUUCUCGUAAAUGAGCAUGAUUUGAUUGGUAUGCAGGCCUGGCUGGAGGGUUACCACCACACUAAUACUACAGGUAUGGACUGGUCCCCAUUACAAGGUCGAGGAGGUUCAAUUCAGGCAGCCUUGUCCUUGGAGCUCAGCAGUGACGUCAUCACCAGUUUGGAUAUAGUGCUGGAAGGCCUCAAUGGCCAGUUACCCAACCUGGAUUUAGCAAAUCUCUUUUAUGCCUUCUGUCAGAAGAUAGGAGUCCUUUGUACCAUCCAGGGAAAGCUGCAGAGAAGUGACUGGGACAGCGUGUCAGGCUACAGCCAAGCAGUUCAAACCAUGAUGCUGAUGGUACUAAAGCAGGCCAGUGGGCGCCCCUGGGGAGACCACGGCCUGUUUCUGCGCUAUCACAUUGAAGCUGCCACCAUCACGGGCAUCAACAGCUUCCGCCAGUACAAGACUGACACCACCACCAUUGGCAGGCUGCUGGAGGGAAUGUAUCGUAAACUAAACAACCUCCUGGAGCGCCUGCACCAGUCCUAUUUCUUUUACCUCAUGCCGUCCCUCUCUCAUUUCGUCUCCAUUGGAUACUACAUGCCGGCCUUUGGCCUCCUUGCCGUCAUCUUGCUGCUUCGUGCCUUAGACCUGUGGGUUCAACUUUCCGCCCCACCACCGAGGACUGAGGACGGAAUUGUUGAUGUUGAGCAGUCCAGUCCGGGGCUGCUGUCGGUGUUGACUCCUCUGGUGAUCAGCCACCUGACCGGAGCAGCUCUCUACAUGCUGCCAAUCCGUUUUCAAGACAUGGCCGUUGAGCACUUCCCGGUGUCUGAGACUGAAGCUGUCGUCCUAACCGCCAUUGCUGUUUACACCGCGGGGCUAGCGUUGCCUCAUAACACACACAGACUGCUGUCGGGCGAGGGGACGGAGCAGGGCUGGAGGGUCCUGAAGCUGGUGGCCGUGCUCUACCUGGCCGUGCUGCUGGGCUGCACUGCGCUCAUCAACUUCUCCCUGGGUUUCAUUCUGGCUCUCAGCCUGGUGCCUGUGGCUGCCUUUGUUACUCCACACGUACCCAAGGUUCUGUCCGCUUUCGUCUUGGUCAUCCUCAGCCCUGCCUGCACGCUACUCUUCUCAGUAUUUUUCUUCCAAGAGCUGCAGGAAAUGCCCGUCAGCUUCCAGGAUGGUUGGUUGCUGUACCUGUCGGUCAUCUCUCAGGGCAUUCUGGACCACAGCCUGUAUGGAUCUUUGGUGUACCCACUCAUUGCCUUGCUCAUCUAUCCAUGCUGGCUCCUCUUCUGGAACAUCCUGUUCUGGAAGUAGACAGGAAUCCACCGGGGGCUUUCAAACACGCCAGUGCUGUCUGAGGUGACCUCAGGAGCAAUGUGAGGAGCCAACAGUUGUUUCCACAGGAGUUAGGAAAAGAAGAAUGGCCUUUGAGGGAUUGAAAGGACCCCCCUUUUGGACAUUUUUUCAGUAAUAAUAUAUUCACUCCAAGUCAUCGGUUCUUUAGGCACUGAAGUUUUGGAAUUGAGACCACUUCAAACAAACCUGAAUGAACCCAUUUGUACUUCACAUCACUGAUAGAAUUCUAGAAAUGUUAAAAAAAGGGGGAAGACUUUCAUAUAGUCUAAAUUUCAUACUGGAUGCUUUUUGUGAGAAAGACUUUCUGUUUAAAUAUUUUGGUUUGUGGGACAUGAACAAUGAUGCACUGUUGUGGUUUCUUUGUAACUAUUACAAAAUGGUUCAACAUCACUGGAAGAAGUGGUGGUGGUUGGUAGUCCACCUCCUUUUAAGAUAUCUGUUAAACUACAUGGAAACCUUUUAUAUUUGUUUUGAUAAACUGGUUUAAUUCUUAUUUAUAACUGAUGAAAUAAAGAUGGGCCCACGUUAGUGCCAUUUGGUUUAUAUUAUACCCGUUGAAAAGAGGAAUGUUAACAUCAUGAUUUUAUGUUCAAGUUAAACAGUUUUAAGAGAUCUUAAUGCAGGAAAUGGUCUGAAAUUGAGGCCAGCUUCUUGUCUGGGUUAAGAAGGACUCUAGAUGAGACAAAGGGAAAAUGUUCAGGAAAGAGGUUUUAUCCUGCUAGCUUAAUUCAGCUUUAUGGUGCUUGUCAUGCUGUGUAAAUUCAGCCACAGAAGUCAAAUUCUGAGCACCUCAGAGCACAAACUGAAGCCUGGCAUCACAUUCAAAAUUAAGUAAACACUUUGAAGUCCAAAAUGAUUUCUUGUUUUCCGCUUUCGGGUAAAAGGCAAUCUACAGAAAUAAAAAACGCACACUCAGACCGGUCGUUUUCUUUAUAAUUUGAUUAUGUUCUGAAAACAGGUUAUUCCUUUGCUGUGACAGCUCAGAGGGAAUUGAGUAUAAUUAGACCAUUUGCUGAAAUGUACAUUAAAUACUCAACGCAUCUUGGUAAAAAUAAUACACUAAAUACAAUGUUUAAGAAAAAAAUAAUCAAAUCAAAGCACUUGACAACCCUGUAAACUACACGUUCUUUCUCCUCUCAGCCUCGUCUCUCUUUCUGCUUUCACUCGCCCCACAUCAUCUAUAAUGGCACCAACAAAGUGGAUGUCGCACAAACACGCAGAACAGGGUAUUGCACGAGGCUUCACCUCUCUUCUCACUUCACAGUUGGCAGACACUGAGGAUGACGCCCCUCCCUCCCGUCUUCGAGCUGCGAUCAGAUGCAAACGAACUUUCGCCGCCUCUUUUUCUCCCCUGAAAUAAACACGGGGGCCGUUGGUGUCGUUGGAGCCUCGCGUGCACACACCCUCCCAAAUAAAUAGCAAAGAGGUCUGGCCAAAUGCGUGUGUGUGUGUCAUGGUCGUGGUCGCCCCGCUUCCUCGUCCGAGCCUUGACCGGUGCAGCUCUGCGUCAUGCUACAGUGCUCCUAAAGCUCCAGUCUUCAGCAGCCAGCUGUCAGAGGACUCUCAGUGCACUCGACUGUCUUUAUGCGAGUAUGUCGUCAACGUGGAUGCGGCGGAAUUAGCCUCCUCGCUCCGGUGGGGGGUGCGUGUGUGUGUCUGUGUGUGUUUGUCUGUGUGUGUG